AUGGCCUCAGAAGAUCAAAACUUAGACAAUCAUUUUCGAAGAAAGCUUUUGUAUAUUGAUUCUCAACUGGGGUCUGAGGAUGUGGAGUCUCUGAAAUUUCUAUGUCGAGAUUUGGUGAGUCAUGGAAAGCUGAAGAGAUGCACAAGAGCCUUGGAUGUUUUCCAUCUGCUGCUGACAGAGAAGGAAAUGACUGAGAAAGACCAUAUUGUACUGGUAGAACUUCUCACCAUGGUCAAGAAGUCACUCCUGCAGACACUCAGCUACAAGAUAGAAGAUGUGGAGAGACAAGGGAAGAUCUCAUUGUUCAGACAAUUGCUCUACAAACUGUCAACAAAUAUUACCCAAGAGGACUUAAAACCGAUGGGCUUCCUUGUGAAAAAUGACAUCUCUGGAACAUGGGAGAGCCCUUUGGAUUGGCUGACACGUCUGGAGGAAGAAGAUAAAAUAAGUGAAACAAGCCUGGAAUACCUGGAGGAAAUCUUUGAACUAACCAAACGGAGCCUUUUGGCAUAUAUUAAUGAUUACAAAAAAGAGAGAAAUGCUCAGGCAGAAGCGCCUCCUGAAAAUGAGCCAGUGCAGCAAAUGGGAGAAUCACCUUCCUUAAGCAUGAGUGCUGUCAAUGAUGCCUUACCGAUAUAUUCCAGUAAUGAUGAGCAUGUGAACAAUAAUGGUGACCCAGCAAAUCUGCCUCCCUCGAAUCCAUUGGAAGCAAUGGCUAAUCCCAGCAAAACGACUCUAGACUGUUAUAAAAUGAAUGGAGAAAAUCGAGGCCUCUGUGUCAUUGUCAACAAUGUGGAAUUCGGCAAACAGGAAAAGAGAGAAGGAAGUACAAAAGAUGCUGAAACCUUGAAGAGUGUGUUUGAGUGGCUUGAUUUCACUACUUAUAUACAUACGAAUGUGACAAAAAAAGGACUGGAGGUGAUUCUGAAAGAGUACCAGAAGAAUCCAGGCCAUAAGGCUGCCGACUGCUUUGUGUUCUGUAUCCUGUCCCAUGGGGACUUUGGAAGUAUCAUCACUUCAGAUGAUAAAGCCUUUUCCAUUAAGAAGAUCUUAUCCCACUUCACAGCUCAGAAAUGCACUGCUCUGGCUCAAAAACCCAAACUCUUUUUCAUCCAGGCCUGUCAAGGAUCUAAAAUACAACCUUCCAUAUCCAUUAAAACUGAUGGUAAAACUGAUCCCAUCCUCCCACCGUCUGAGGAGACUGUUCCUGAUUGGGCACAUUUCCUUCUUAGCUUGUCAACUGUUCCUGGUUAUGGAUCCUUUCGGAAUAAAGAGAAAGGCAGCUGGUUCAUUCAAUCACUGUGUAAAAAUCUAAAGAAGAUGGUUUCAGGAGCCGAUAUCUUAACGAUCCUUACUGCUGUCAACAAGGAUGUGGGUUCAAAAACGGACAAAACAGGAACUUUGAAACAAAUGCCUCUGAUUUCUUCCACACUAUGUAAAGCGCUCCCGCACAAGAUCCCCAAAUGCUACCAUUUACCCUUUCUUGGAAACAAUCAACAGCACCGCAGAGAACUCACUCUCCCAAAGCCUGCUUUUCUAUUGGCUGCUCAGAAGCGGACCCAAAGAGGCAGAAUCUUGGCUAAUGCUUUAGAACUUGGAGAAACAUUUAAAUGUAAAGAAGCUGUUGUUUUAGGGAACACUGACUUCCUUGAAGAUGAUGAAUAA